ACGGCGGGGAGAUCUACCACAGGUAUAGCCCUUAGACUUCGGAACAGCGCAGGCGCCCUCUCCUUCCUCAAAGCGGGCGGCGCUGUUCCUGGAGGGGAGGAAGAAGGCGCAGAGACAGCGCGCGGUGGCGCCUUCAGGAACGAAGGAGGCGCCGCUACUGGGCGAGGAAGGCGUUUCCACUCUGCGCCCCCCCAACUGCCGAAGAGCGCGGGGGCCUGGGGCGCGCCCGACAAAUCAGCCUCUGUCGCCUUCACGGUGGUCCUGAAACAUGAAGUGAGAGGCGACCACAUUUUGUCUCCCUGAAGCAGCAGCAAGGGUGCCUGCUACAGGUUGUCCUUGCUUGCUUUGUGUAGCCGCAGCUGCGUCGCGCUGAGCCGGCUGCAGCAGGAAAGGAGGCGGAGCAGAGAAGUGCCGGCCGACGAGGAGGACCCCGCCCAGCGUCUUCGCUGCUGCGAGCCCACCUCAACUGCCUGCCUGGCUCCCCGGGUGGCGGCUGGCGGCGCUGCAGGGAGAGCUGCCAGGAGCGCCAGCGGUCGCUAUCGAGGCUUGCUUUCCCCUCCGAGUGCCGCGAGGAGGAGCGGUCGUGGGGCUCGGCUUCCCCGGUGCAUGAGCCGAGCCCCCUCCCCGAAUAAGCGACUCAGCCCGGCACAGGAUGCUGCGAUUCCUGCGUAGGACCUUUGGCCGGCGGUCGAUGCAGCGCUACGCGCGAGGGGGUGUCGCCGGGGAAAGAGACGAGCGUGACGGGGUGCUGAGAGGGGCCGCAGCAGCCUCCUCGUUACCGCUUGCAGCAGCUCACGCACAUAGUGCUCCGCCAGUGCAUCACAUCCAAGCGGCUGCGGCGGGUGGUAAAGCGGCGCUGCAGUGUCGGGUGCAGCUGCUCGACGGCACCGAAGUCAGCGUGGAGCUAUCGAAACAUGCAAAAGGGCAGGAUUUGUUUGAUCAGAUUGUGUAUCAUCUGGACCUUGUGGAAACAGAUUACUUUGGCUUGCAGUUCAUGGAUACAUCCCAGAUUCUGCACUGGCUGGACCAUUCAAAACCCAUUAAGAAGCAAAUAAAAAUUGGGCCACCAUAUACGUUGCACUUUCGAAUCAAAUACUAUUCAUCGGAACCAAACAACCUCCAUGAGGAAUUCACAAGGUACCUGUUUGUAUUACAGCUAAGGCAAGAUAUUCUUUCAGGAAAAUUGAAAUGCCCUUAUGAAACAGCUGUAGAACUUGCUGCUUUGUGCCUCCAAGCUGAGCUUGGUGAGUGUGAACUUCCUGAACACACUCCAGAACUCGUUUCAGAAUUCAGAUUUACUCCUAAUCAAACUGAAGCAAUGGAAUUUGAAAUCUUUCAGAAGUGGAAAGAAUUCAGGGGAAAGAGUCCUGCACAGGCGGAAAUGUGCUACUUGAACAAAGCCAAGUGGUUAGAAAUGUAUGGGGUAGAUAUGCACGUAGUUAAGGGAAGAGAUGGCUGUGAAUAUGCUCUUGGACUUACACCGACUGGUAUCUUGAUCUUUGAAGGAGCAAACAAAAUAGGUUUAUUUUUUUGGCCUAAAAUCACUAAAAUGGACUUCAAAAAGAGCAAACUGACACUUGUGGUGGUAGAAGACGAUGAACAGGGAAGAGAGCAAGAGCACACAUUUGUUUUCAGAUUAGACAAUUCUAAAACAUGCAAGCAUCUCUGGAAAUGUGCAGUGGAGCAUCAUGCCUUCUUCCGAUUGCGCACACCUGCAAACAGUAAACCUAGCCGGUCAGAUUUUAUCAGGCUAGGAUCCCGCUUCCGAUUCAGUGGUCGAACAGAGUACCAGGCAACACGCGGAUCCAGAUUACGCAGGACCAGUACAUUUGAAAGGAAACCCAGCAAGCGGUAUCCAUCCCGAAGGCAUUCAACUUUCAAAGCAAGCAACGCUGUCAAAGCACCCCAGCUUUGCACUAAAAACAAUCCAGAAGUCCAUAACUAUCAGCCCCCGUAUCACCCAAAUAUGCAUCCUGGCCAAUCACACUGGCACCCACAUCAUCCUGUAAAUGUAAGGCCACCCUAUCAUGAUGACAGGCUCUGUUGGAAACAAUCCUCAAGUGGAGAGGACAGCAGUUUGUGGUAUAUCCAGGACCAGAACCAGAAGAACUUAGGUGGGAUCCAGAGCCUGUUGUAUCAGGAUAAGUUCAUGACAACCCUUUGAGAAAGUACCAUCUUUAAUUUAUGCACCAUUUAAUAUGCUUGCUACAUUCCAUACAACUUGUCUCUGUAUGUUGCAAAUAACUUUUUAAAAUCGUGUCAUAAUUCAUAGAACAUAAGGUGUAGGUAGGCACAAUCUUAUAGUUCCAGCACUUUGGAAAGAGCUAAGAAAUGUGGUCCAGCCAACUGCCCAAAAUUCUGGAAUUUUGCAGGUAGUUAAUAAAAUUUCAUUAUAAUUUUUAUUAUUUCUGUAGCCCUUUAAUUUUUGUUUCUUGCCAUUUGCACAUGGUGCUUAAUUCAGCUAUUCUGUGGUUUCAUUUAUAAAUCGAAUCCAGCAAUGAUAGUCUCUUUUUUUCUUUGAGUAAUACUGAAAUCAGGAGUCAAGAUGAUUGUAGUUCUCAAAUGUGACUUAAUGGCCAGUGAUAAAGGGAUCCAGAUGGCUAAUAAAAUGCUUAAAACAAAAACAAAAAUCUGUCUAUCCCUUAAACAGUCCAGCUUUUUGUGCCAUGUUAACAAGUAUGAGGAAAUCACUAUAGAGUUUUUAUACUUUUUUUAUAUAGGCAUCUGACUCUUUGGAUUUUAUUGAUCAGCUAUAAUGUAAUAAGCUAUCUCCACAUGAAGUUAAGACAGUGCCUUAAUAAUUGGUGGUGCUGUCUUUCAGUAGAUUGUCAAUGUGUUUUUAGAUAAUAGAAAAACAGCAGAAAGACAAACCACCAUAGGCUGGUGACACUUCAGAUGCUACUUCUCCCCUCAUUUCCAGAUUUCUUUGGGCUAUGUUUUCAGGAAUCUCAGAAUCGCAUAUUCCAUUCCAACCACAAUUCCCAUCUGCAGUAUUACUCUCUGCAUCGGGGUUAUGAUAGAGACAGAGAAGGAGUGUGUGAGCACACAAGACUCAAUACUGAACUCAUCAUGCAAAGAAGUUCAGAGCUCUGAAUGCACCCUGAGAGGUUUGGUUCUGAAAGAUGGUUUAGACCAAUACAUUUUGACGAGAUAUAAACAAGUUCAACUUCUGCGAAGUUGGACAUAUAUCUAUAUCUUAUACACUCACUCAGGUUCCUUAAACAAAAAAGACUAAAAUUGUUAUAAUUUUGGUUCUCUUGAAUAUGGAGAUAACUGUGCCAGCUUUAGUUCAGAUAUUGAUUUGUCCUUUUAAGCUGUGAUCUUUUGAACUUGAUUGAAUAAGGAAUAUCUUUAUAUUUGGGGAGUAUUUUAAACUGUUAGUGUUUUUAAUAUAAUUUUGCUGAAUCCAACUUUAUAAAUAGGGGUAAGUCUGCAUCUCUUUCAAAGCAAAUAUAUGAUAGUUUAAUUUUUUAUUUAAAGUAUGUUUACAUAUGCUAUUAUAUUUGUUUU